AUGGCGGAAAAUACGAAGAUGGAAGUGGAAGCUAACGUGAAUGAAACGUCACCCGAGGAGGAAAGUCAGGAAAAGGACGAAAUCAUGGGUGAAGGUGUCGAAGGAGAAGAUGGCAGCUCAGAUUCUGAAGAUUCUGAUGCCGAUGAGGCAGUUGUUGACCCGAAAAUUCAACAGCUUGAGCUCCAGGUGACCUCAUGCUUUUUUUUGCUUGCUUCUGAUCUUGUUAGUUGUGCCCAUGCUAAAAAAAAGGGAAGAAAAAAAAUACUGUUUUUAUUACUUUACCCCAUUUGACAAUAGUGUCUCAACAGUUUUGUUACCUAUGUACAGCACUGCAAUGUAACUGAGAUUGUUAGGUUCUUGCUUACGCUUGCACAUCUGUCGGAAUCAUACAGCUGCACAGUAUUAGUAUGCAAAGUAAAAUGUGCAUUAUUAUAACAAGGUCCUCUUAGGGAGUGGGGGGGGGGGAGUACGUAUGUCCCUAGUCUGAAAUUCAAAAAAUGCGGUCGUUUCGCAUUUUGAUGUGUCGGCCAUGUCCCUGUACGUCAGUUUUUAACCUGUCCUUAUAUGAGCCUCUCUAUAUAUGGCAGUGGCGUAGCGUAACCUUUUUGUCAAGUAUGCACGUGGGUCUGUAUGGUUUUAAAAACUUCAUAGAAGAUAACGUUUUUGCUUUCCUUUAAUACAUAAUAGGCAGUUUACAAGCUUGUUAGUCUCGCUUGCGUAAGCAGCGAGACUCAUAAUCUGCAAGCCGUUUUUUUUCCGUUGUAUUUAGUACACAAAAGGCGGUUGUGGUCCCAGGUGUUCCUAGCGGCAACCAUGGAAACUGGAAAUAAGAAUCGAUGCCUGACCGAAGCCAUGCAUGUUUUUUGCAAAUAAAGCUUAGGAAAGAUUAAAUUUAGAGCUUUUCCACAACAGGUCGGUCCACGAAUUCUAUAGCUUGAAAGCAUUGAUUACUUUGGAGCGAGUGAGCUAGCUAAGCAAGCUAAGCCACUUUUUCAUCUGUAAAUAGACUGAAAAAAAUAAAACAGCUGUGAAAAAGCCUGCGAGAAACAAAUCAACAAUCAUUUUGAAUUUACUCUUAUCAGAGCUACAUAUAAAAUACCAGUGGUUGUUCGCCGAAUAGCUAUAACUAUCAGUGGUACUUUACAUAUGCCUAACUGUGUCCAGAAAAGUACCUUAACAUUUGUGAUUGUUUUUUCAGGUGGAGAGCAAUCCUUACCACUAUGAUUCACAUGUGCAACUUAUCAAAAUGCUCAGAGAGUCUGGUGAUCUUGACAGAGUAAGGAAUGCUAGAGAGAGUAUGAGCAAAAUCUUCCCUUUGACACAAGGUAACAUUUGCAUAGUGGUAUUUAUGAACUACUUGUAGUUUGUUGCACGUGUUAAAAAAAAUGCAUUAUACACAAGCUGAAGAUCAUCCUCUCAACUAAAACUCACCUGUUUACUGUAUUAUUAAUAUUCCAGUCAAAAUACUUGGCAUGUUCUGCUCAUUAUUAUGACUUUCAUUACUCCGUUGCCUACUAAGGAUUAUAUACGUCCUGUGUGAGGUCACUCAGCGACCUAGGACAUUAUUAUACGUCCUCGGACGAAUGAAAUCACCAGAAGUCUGGUCGUUCAGGUUGCCUUGAACAAAUGAACUCUGGUUGUUGAGAAAGGUCAGCGGUUGCUGGGUGUAUUUGGCUCUGGUAGGCAAGGGGUUAAUCGUGAACGGAUUGCAUUACCAGAAUAAAAACUCCACUUUCAAAUAGAUGAUUGAAAUUGCCCAACAGAAGCUUUAUUUAUGACUCAAAAUUAAAGUUGUUUUGGGCCUUUCUGACAUAUGCUAAACGUUUACACAUGAAAUAUGAAACCAUUAACCUGAGAUCAGGCUCUAUUUUUGUUUCCCUUUGAAAAUUACAUUACGGCGGGCAAGACGAAACGAAAAGAGAGCCUGAUACAAACCUUUAACGAAAUGUCUGCCACCCACUUUUUUGAUUGAUUGACAUUUGCCGAAUCAGCCAAUCAGAACUACUUGCGUUGCUUGUUUUUGUAGUAUGCAAAUUUUUGCCGCAUGGGAAAAAUGCAGACUGGCUGACUUAAAAAAUAGCUUUUAUCUGUUAAUUUUUUCAGCUAAAAAUAAAACAGUCAGCACAAUCACAUUUAACUUCUUGCAAGAUUAAGGGAGAUCUCGAAGGUUACUUCUGUUUGCAUAGAAGGUAAAAAGUUUUCGAAAAGACGACGACAGAAUGUUCUACUAGUUUUAUUUUAUUUUGGCUAGGUGCUCUGGAAUUUAAAAUACUGAAAUCUCUAUUUUUCCGUUGUCUUGAUAUUUUCCUCGGCAAUUUCCCCUGAUUUUCAGUACUUAAAUCUUUAUAAACAAAAGCAAACAGCCAAUGAGCAAGGACACCAGUUUUCUUGGUUUAUUUUUAAUAAAAAGCGUAGUCAAACAACCAGUCUGUGAACACUGAAAAUUCCUUGAACAGCGAUGCGAUAUUUUUCGUCUAAUACUUCAUAGUUGGUGAUUGAGGUUUCUUUCACAGUGAGCCUCCGCUUGUGUACCCCGUUCAGAGAAGUCAUUCCCGCCUAAACUUUCAAAUGAAACCAGUUUUAAGAUGGACAGUAUUUUGAUUUGCACCCGUUUGUUGGUAAAUCAAAAUGCACCUUGUUAGUGGUCAACAACUUGCAGAGGGAUUCAACUCCGCGAUACACUCACUUUCUGUAAAUAAAGCAAAUCCUGAGAAGAUAUGAACAACCACAUGAAUUUUCUGAAUUUCCAUGGCACAUAUUAGGGCAUAUUUUCCUACCAUAAGACCAUAAAACAAUAAAAAAGACAGCAAAAUCAAUCCUUCUCUCCACCGACGACGGAUCAUUCACAAAAACAACCACGCGAGGAAUAAGCGCUUUCAACUUCCUGCGUUUCCGACAGCCAAUCAGAUCUUGUGGCAUUGUUCUUACUGCCAAUCAGCAUUACGGCCAAAAUCUGGCCCUAACGAGCACAAACUUGUAAUAGUUUGUAUCAGGCCCAAUUUCAGCGGUAGCUGUUAGAGAGAAUGUAUGAGAACCGCUCAAAUUGGGCCUGAUCUUAGGUUAUGAAACCAUUACUGGCUGUUGCUUUCAGUUGGUGUGACGUUGUGGAGAAUUUUCCUUAAUAUUUAGGAGCGUUAUUUUCUUGAUCAACUACAAUACACUUGCAUCUUAUACUAUUCUUCGAUUUAUAGAUAGUGCUUUUGAAAGCACUAGGGGUAAGAUUUGAAAGAGGGCAGCUGUUAGUGUAGUGAUUUGUUUCUUGUUGGCUAUAAACUAGAAAUUAAAAUUAAUUGAUAUAAAUUCAGUACAACCCUGACAACUUUUGCAUUGACUUGUUGUUUUUAAUUAGAGCUCUGGUCAGAGUGGCUUAAAGAUGAAAUGCCAUUAGCAUGUAUACCAGAACAGAAAGAGAAUCUUAUAUCAUUAUUUGAAAGAGCUGUUAAAGACUAUCAAUGUAAGGUUUUUAAUGUUUGUUAUGAAUAUCGUAAAUAACUAAAUAAACCUUAUUUGGCAGUGAUUCUUUUAACAUGUGGUCCUUAGGACCACCAAGUGAUCAUCUUCCUGCUUUAGCAUCUGUGCGUGCAUGCAUGUGUGCAUGCAUCCUUCAAUCUGUUGGUCUGUCCUUCCUUUCUUCCUUUCUUCAUUCUUUCUACUUCAUUUCCUUCUUUUCUUUUCAUGUUUUGGUUAUGGUGAGAAAUGUCUAGGUGCAGGAUGAAAUCUUUCUGAACCCAUUUUUUUGGUGUAUUUGGCACUGUGCUGCACUAUCUAAGGGCAACAAACAUACCAGAACUUCAAAAACUUUUGAUGUGCUGGAAAGGACUUAAAGCACCAUCAUAAACAGCACUUUCCAUUUUCUUUUGACUAUGAUUACACAUGUAGGAGGGUCAGAUGGGGUAAACACGGGACCUAUGAAACAUUGCCUACCCUUCCUUAACAACGCCAGCCCUCCUUAACCCAUUCGCUCCUAGAGAUUUUGCCGAAAAACGCGUUUUGAAGCUAGUCGAGUGGUUUUCUGGUCACUGUCGUGCUAUAAAGAGCUAAAACUUACCACAAACUGGUUUACAGGUCGAACACUUCGCGGUCUUCCGAUCCAGAUGCAAAAUAUCAGCUUGCGAAGUUCGGGCAUGCGCAGAAAGCAAAAUUUCGACAUAGUUUUUGGGUUUAAAAGUGACACAGCAGUCUUGACUUUUACUUUUCGCUUUCUCUCCUCCCUUCUUUUUUUGCUUUUCUUGCCUCAUUUUUUUUUUCUCUUGCUGGGCAUUUAGUAGGCUUGAUUUUGGUGGGAAGAGUUUUUAGGAAAGCUUUUAGGAUCUUAGGAUUAGGCGAAAGGAAAGGUAGGUGGGUAAUGGGACAAGAUUUUCAUGGAGAUUUUCAGGUCAAUGUCACGUGGUUUUUUGCUUGUUUCUCCGGUGUCCUUGACUGAAUUGUGCUCAUUCUGGUAUGGUUUGAAAGAUCUCUUCACUCUGCACAAGUUAGUGAAGAAAGUUGUCCUUGACCGUUAAAACUGAUGACGUCACAAUGGGUAGAAAGGACCUGGAUCCGCACGGGCGGUUACGGGCGGUUCAGGGGCGAAUGGGUUAAUCAAAAAACCUAAAAAUGGCCUUUUACCAACUUUUUCACCUGAUUUGACAUGAAAUAGACAGAUUUGGUUGUUUUAUGCUGAAAAGUGGAUUUUUUUCAAAAAGCUUGGUCCUUUGCUUAACCCAUUCGCUCCUAGAGAUUUUGCCGAAAAACGCGUUUUGAAGCUAGUCGAGUGGUUUUCUGGUCACUGUCGUGCUAUAAAGAGCUAAAACUUACCACAAACUGGUUUACAGGUCGAACACUUCGCGGUCUUCCGAUCCAGAUGCAAAAUAUCAGCUUGCGAAGUUCGGGCAUGCGCAGAAAGCAAAAUUUCGACAUAGUUUUUGGGUUUAAAAGUGACACAGCAGUCUUGACUUUUACUUUUCGCUUUCUCUCCUCCCUUCUUUUUUUGCUUUUCUUGCCUCAUUUUUUUUUUCUCUUGCUGGGCAUUUAGUAGGCUUGAUUUUGGUGGGAAGAGUUUUUAGGAAAGCUUUUAGGAUCUUAGGAUUAGGCGAAAGGAAAGGUAGGUGGGUAAUGGGACAAGAUUUUCAUGGAGAUUUUCAGGUCAAUGUCACGUGGUUUUUUGCUUGUUUCUCCGGUGUCCUUGACUGAAUUGUGCUCAUUCUGGUAUGGUUUGAAAGAUCUCUUCACUCUGCACAAGUUAGUGAAGAAAGUUGUCCUUGACCGUUAAAACUGAUGACGUCACAAUGGGUAGAAAGGACCUGGAUCCGCACGGGCGGUUACGGGCGGUUCAGGGGCGAAUGGGUUAAAGUCCCAGAAAAUCCUUUUUAAUGACAGAGCACUGGGUUAAGUUUUACUCCAACCAUCUCACAUUCCAAUAUUAGAGCCAGUGUUGAAACCUGCCCUCCCAACCUACACAGUUUGCUCCAGUUCUCUCCCCUGGCCCUUCCAUCCCUGACAUUUUAUGGGCCUCCCCCCCAAGCUUCGCGAGUUUCUGCAAUACACGUAUUUCUAGUACUUAAUAUAGCACAGCUACAACUAAUACACCAUAAGAAAGAAAACAGUAUUUUACCGUCACUUUAAAGGUGCUUUGAAUAAUUAAUUUUAACUGCUGCAGCUGUACAACUGUGGAUUCUGUACUGCCAGUUUAUGAUGGAUACCAUGGAAGGUAGCGACAGUCUUCAAGGAGUGAGAUCAAUCUUUGAAAAAGCUAUUAUUGCUACCGGUCUCCAUGUAACAGAGGUAGGUACUUGAUGCAUAGUUGUCCCAAAAAUUCCAUACUGAUGAGAUGUAAAUCUGUCCAGGAUCUUGUUAACAUUGAAUGUGCAAGGUGCUUAAUCUUCCCAGAAACACCCUUUUCCUAGCAGUAAAUUAUUUGCAUCACAAGAGGUAUUUUAAUUUUGCUGGCAAUAAAUUGACAGCAGAACUCAAAAUGUAGGAUUUCUUAAUGAUGUCCUAAAACACACCCUGAUAUAAUUGGAGGAGUCUACUGGGUUGAUUUGUGUUAAUUGGAGGGAGGGGGGGUUUGGUCAUUGACAUUUGGGUGGGGAGGAAUGUAAAAGAGGGAGUCUCCAGAUUUUAGAUCUCCAGAGCUUGGCAUCUCUACUCCAUACUUCACUAUUCUCUUAUGGAAUACACAGUCCUCUUGUAGUGUUAUACAUUUUCCAUAACAUUUUUGAGAUUGUGCAAAUUCAUUUUUCUAUACUAUCUUUAUUCUUAAAGCUGCUAGGGAAAAAGUAAAGUUGUGUCUUAUUUGGUUGACACUAAUAUACAUUUGUGUACACUGCACUGCUGAGGAACAUAAUUUUUUUUUUCAGGGAUCAUCCAUUUGGGAAGGGUAUAGAGAAUUUGAAACAGAUAUACUAGAAUCCCUUGAGGUCAGUAUUCAACAAAAUGUUAAACCAGUGGCUCUUGGUAUUUACACUACAGUGUGCAAUGUUUGUUAGAUUUUAUUUCUAUGAUGGAAAUUAGUCAUCAAAAUUUUGAAUUAGAGAUGUCCUGUGAAAGCUUUUUGAAUCAUCACUUAAAGUAUUGGUUAAGGCCAGUUUAUACACGCCUACUUCAUGCAACAUUAUUUUUGUUGGAUCCAACAAAGUUGGGUGAUGUUGGACGGUGUUGGAAGAGGAAUACUGUAGAACAGUCAAGUUCCACGGGAAAUUAAAGUAAAAAAGAAUUUCUGGGUAAACUGUUUUUCCAGAAAUUAAACCUUAAAUAGAAAGUCAUUGUUUUGUGUAUGAGAAUACCAGACAAAAAAAUGAUCUAGACUCAGCUUUCACAAGGAUGAGGGACAGUGCACUAAUUAUUGCACUUGCGUAUAUCUAACAUUACAAUGAUUGUGAAGUUCAAACUUGGCCAAACGUGGUCAUUCAAACAUGGCUAUUAAGUUGCAACGUGGUUCAUUGCACAGAGAAAACAGGAAAUGGUGUGAUGAUUUUGAACAUUGCCCAGCUUGGUGUUCAAAUGGAUCAAAUAGUUUUGAUUUAAGAAUUGUUUUGGCUGAUACAUUUACUCCAGUUGUGUUAAAUGCGUUUCCAACUUAGGUAAGACGUCCUAUAAAGUUCUCCGCUCCAAAAAUCUGGGAGACUGUACUGCCUGGUCUCAAGUGUCUGCCAUAUCAUAAGUUUAAGAAAGAAUGGAAGUCCUGUCUUCUAACCAACCAAAUCUGACCUUGCUUAUAUGUUUUAUCGUCGACAUUAUCUGAGAUUUUAUUCCUCUCUUUACUGCUGCCAAUUAUUUCAGUGUGACGGUGUCCAACAAGAAAGCUCUUGCUACUUUGGACACUGUACACAAAUGAACUUAAUGUCUUUUAGUUAAUUAUUAUUUAUCAGUUACUUUAUUUUCCUACCUACGUACACUUAUGUAAAUAUCUUAUAUAGUGUGAAAUAAAGAAUUGAAUUGAAUUGAAUUGAAUUCACUGGAAAAAAUUAUAACAGAUUCCCAUUUUUGGAUAUUUUAGGGUAUUUAAAGAAUACCGGGUACCCAGUUUUUAGGGUUUAAACCUUCUCACUCUGUUCAGGGUUAGUCCCUUGAACCAACCCUUAAGGGACCAACCCUGAACAGAGUGAAACGGUUUAAACCCUAAAAAUACCCAUAAGAAAUUUAUGGGUAAAAUGUCCAAAAAUGGGAAUCCAUUAUUUUUUCUUGUGAUUAUCUGUGUUUUUGUUGUUCCAUUGGAGAACUGAACUCCAUUUCUGUUACAUAUAACUUUACAGCAAAUGGUGACUGAAGAAAACAGAGAAACUAUGAUGGAAAAAAUGUGAGUUAUUACUUGUACAGUACAUGUAGUGCUUGUACACCAAUCUAUGCCAUGCCAUAAAGAAUACAGCCAAUCAGAAAGCUAGUAACCUGUUGCAAACCGUACACAAGGGGCAGUAUUUCACAAAAAAUCCCAGUGAGGCUUGGGGCCUCCGUAUUUUCCCUUCAAACACAGCAGAUAGGAACAGGAAAACUUUUCAUUCUACAAAAAUUGCCGGGAGUAGGUUUGUUUAAACCCUAGUUUAAACUACUACUAUUCAGACCACUUGAAAGUAUUGUAUAUCUAGUAUGUAUAGAUAGGACAAUGGGGGCAUUGGACUGUAUAACAAAGGCAAGAUAGCUAAGCCAUGGCCAGAAUCUUUUUUUGAAAUUAUUUUGAAGGAACUUCAUCUGGGUUGUUGAAAGAUAGUUUUAUGGGCAUCGGUGUGGUUUGAAAGAUGCUGCUUGUUCUCCCCUGCAGUAGUAAAGUGUGAAUGUUCUCUACAACCCUUAAAACUGAUGAUGUCACUGUGCUACAAGGGACAUUGAUCUACAUGGGCAGUUACAGGCAGUUGAUCUGUGAAUGUGUUAAAGUGAAGAAACUGUGUAGUUCUGUGGCAUGAAAAUUGAGGGACAGUAAGAAAAGAGAGAAGUGCAUUAUGAAUGACUAUUCAAUGACACCCUGAUUGACACCAGAGCGUAGUGUCCCAGACUGAUGUUCUCAGGGCUUUAUCAUGCCUUCCUGUCCCAUGAACGUUUGCUGAAAUGAGGGGUUAACACAGCCCACUUUGGUUUCAGCAGGUGUUCUUGGGGCAGGAACGCAUGACAAAAGCCCUUUGAAUGUCUGCUUGGGAGGCUAACCAGAGCCAUGAUAAGAAUCACUUACACCCCCAUCAAAAGUGCAUUAAUUUUUUGUUUUAAGGAUGGCAGACACCUGGGCCGAGUUGUUCAAAGCUGGGUUAAGAUAACUCAGGGUUAGUGCAAAAUUUGAAUUCAGAUUUGAAAGGAUAAAAAGCAAAUUCAUUUUAAUUCUUUUUAUCUACAUAUGAUGAUUGGAUGAUCUUAAAAGAAUAGAGAAAACUACCCAAGAAAAUGCUUUCCAAUAAAAGAAAAAGAAUCCCAGAUUAAAAUUUAACUCAGGUUAGCGCUAAUCAGCCUUCAAACAACUGGGCCCAGGGAAUUUCCUUUAAAGCCAUGUUUGUAUUAUUUAAUACUUAAUUUAAUUAAAAAUAAUUAAUUUGUUCCUCUCUUUCCAUAGUUCAGCUCAGAAGGAGAGAGUGUUGUCAGUCUUCAAAAGGCAGCUUGCUGUCCCUCUCCUUGGUAAACACCUACUUAUAAGCUAGCCCUACCUGUUAAAAUAUUCAAGGGUCAGAAGCUUUUUACACAUCCACUACUUUACUGGCCCGAGUUAGCUUUUUCAAAGACUUCUGGGAUUGUUACUGGUGGUGCGCCAGUCAGCUAUUGGUCAAGUUGUUUGCCCUGUCCCCGGUAACAGUCGCAGAAGUCUUUAUGAAAGUUAACCCUGCUCAGUUCCUUCUCGUUUCUAAAGUGGCAAAUAGGCACAGCGGAAGCAGUAGAAAUUUCAGUUACAUGUUUAAAAGAAAUUGGCAUGCUUUCAAAUUUUUCGGAGUUUGGGGUGGGGGCAUCAUUACUCAUUACUCCAUUUCUUAUAAAUUGCACUAUAACCAGUGUUGAAAAUUAUCCCUCUAAAGGCUGGAGCAGAGAGGUGACUAGUGUUAUUACAAGGGGUUAAAAUUAAUGUAAGAAAAAGAAGAAUUAGGCCUCUCACAGCAUAUGUGAACAUGUUGAAUCUACCAUGAUACUAAUUAUGCCUCAAGAAACAGUAUGUGGAAAAAAAAUAUUGUUUAUAAGUUUUGUAUAAUUUACAUUUUACAUUGUUGCUAGACCUUUUUGACUGGUCAGUAUCUUUAAGGUAUAAUUCAAUCUGGAGCUUUAAAGCCUUUGAUAUUAUUCACUAUAAAGGAAGAGAUUGCUCACACCACAUACUUUGCCAAAAAACAAAGAAAAAAAACCACGACAACAAAAAUGCCAGUUCUAGAGGUAUUAUCCUUUGUGAAAGGUACAACGUACAUGUAUAUGUCUUACAGGACAGCCAUAAUUAACAAAUAGUUUAUGAAUUCUCACUUGAUUGUUAAUACGGGUUGAUUCUUUAAUUUUGGUGAUCUCUAGGGAUGCAGGCAACGUUUAGAGAGUUUGAAGACUGGCUGGAGUGCUCCGUCCCUGAUGCAGUGAAGAUAGCUUAUGACAAAGCGUUGGCGAAACUGGAGGAUUGUCUGCCCUUUGAAGAUACACUGGUAAUGUACAUUGUACAGUUACAGCCCUGUUUAUAGGAUUUAUUAAGACUUUUUUAAUAAGGAUAUCUCCAUUCAAGAGAGUUAUUGAAGAGAGUGCAAUCAUAAACAAUUUAAUUUUUAUUAUUAUUGAAUUCGGCUUUCAUUUGACGUGAAGAAUUAUGCAGACUGAGGAUGGAUAACAUCCAAGAUAGGCAUAAUUCUUCACAUCAUAAAAAUGCCAAGAUGAAUAGUUGUUUUAUUAUUCAUUCAAAAUAUUUUAAGUUCUUAACAAGCUUACCUCCUCAUAGACUUUCCUCAGAACUUGGUCUAUUUCUCGGCAUGGUUUCAGGAUAGUAGCAGAUGUUUUUUAUUGCAGAUAGUCCUCAAAAAGUAGGUAACAUCCAUCAAGCAAUAUGUUUUGUGUGUCUUGUAUUUUUUCCAUAGUUUUAGUCAGAAUUCCAGAUUUUUGGUCUUCAGAUAGCUGUGAAUGCCAUUUUUAUUUGUUCACUAUUACCCAAACAGCUUUGUUUCAAAGUAAAUAUACCAUCAAUGAAUCAAUAUUCCAUUUUCGUGCAAGUGCAAUCGCAAGAAGGAGAAAAGCAUGGUUUCAUUUAGGCAUGAGCAGAGUAUUAUUUUGCAGCCAAACACAGUUGGACAACAUUGCACAUGAGCAGACCAUUAUUUGUGGGCAGUUAUUUGUAGGUCAUUUGGUGGGCUCUCGGCCAAUGAAAAGGAGGGCAAAUUUCACUUCAAGUGGUAAUGUUAUUUAUCUUAUUUAGGCUUCAGCACAGCCUCCAAAGACCACUGAAUACAAAUCAUACUUGGAAUAUGAACUGAAGAAAGGUGAUCCAGCCAGGAUACAAUGUUUGUAUGAAAGAGCGAUCAAGGACAAUUGCCUUGUAGGGGACAUGUGGACUGAAUAUACCUCCUAUUUGGUGAGGCAUUUGAAUUCAAUAUUUUUUAGUAUCCUUUGUAUGUAUAUUUUACAAAUUAAUGUACUUUUGUUGAAUCUUACGCAGUUUACAGACAUUUAAGUUCUAUGUGAAAUAACAGGGAAGGAUAGAAAUGAAAAAGGAAAAAAAAGGUUAAUGUAUUUAGCAUGAAAGUGCUAAUAAAAUUGAGGACACUUUUAAAAAACAUCUUUGCUGGAGACAAGGCUGCCAUUUUAUUGAUCUUUCAUAGCUCAUGAAGGUCUUGCCAUUUGCACUUUAAGACCCUGGGUAUUGGUCAGGCCCCGGGGAUUGAACUGGUGACAUCUCGCGUUUCAGUCAAGCGCUCUACUGACUGAGCCAGUCCUACUGCAGUAAUGUGCUUCCUGCAGCACAACUCUGGAAAAGCCAAACUGUACAUGUAUUUAUGACUCUAUGUUUCUCCUUAACAAGCAUUGUAUGCAAGCCAUCCAGGAAAUUCUACCUUGGCUUUCUAGGAAUACUUAAGUUAAAACCUGAUUUAUCCAUUUAGAAUUAGUGCACUUUAAUUUCUUAUUUCUUAUUAGUACCAAACUUAUUUUUUUCCAGGAUUCCACUCUAAAGAUAACCACAGUGGUAAUUCCUGUGCAUGAACGUGCUGUUAGAAACUGUCCUUGGGUAUCCCUGCUCUGGCAGAAUUAUAUCAGAGCACUGGUAACAAUAAUUAUGCAUGUUAUGUUGUCCAUCCAUCUGUCCAUUGAAUUCUAUAUUUUUCUCUAGUCAUCUGAUCAUUCAGUUAGUCACUCAUUUUUUGUGUAUUUGUGUUCCUCAAUAAUAUAUACAUCCAUUUAGAUAAAGCAUUUUUGUGCACUUUUUAAAUAUAUACUUUAGUUACACAUAAGUUUGAUGUUGAGGAAUACCGUAUUUAUUCAAUUAAACGCAUCGGCGUUUAUUUCAAAAUUACGUUUUUAAAUCACUGACAUCAAUGUUUACGAUAGAUCAUUUGGAAAUAUUGUGUGAAACAGAAAGGUGUCUUUAAAAAAGUUGCAGUGUCUCAUCUCUCUUGCUGAGAUAGAAUUGUAACUGUCUGGAUUAUUUAAUUUUCAAGAAUCAGCGAGUUUUUUCUUACAAUCCUCAAAAAAAUGCGCAUAUACUCUUGAUUGGGUGCAGUGUUACUUGGUAAUUUUGCUUCCAUCUGCGGCGUUUAAUCGAGUAAAUACAGUACACAAAGAGUUUUUACUCUUUUCUUUAUUAGGAGCGCACUGGGCAGGAUAAUAACAAAGUAAAAGGUAUUGCUGAUUAUUUGCUUAGCUGGAAGUGACUCUUGCUUUCCAUCUCUUUUGUCCCUGUAAGUCAUGCACUUUUCAUCUGAUGUAAUGUGUUUUGGUUUUUGUUUGUAUAGAAACCCUGGACACAGCUCUUGGUUGUGGGUUUAGCACUAGUGAUGAUUACCUGCAGUUAUGGCAUUCUUACUGUGAUUACAUGAGAAGAAAGACUGAUGACUGGACUGAAGGUAUGCUGCUGCAACAAAUGCAUAUUGCUUUUUAACAACUUUGUUUUUAGUCAGUGACGCAGGCAUCAAUCAAAAUAUCUGAGUUCUUGCAACAAUACCCAGUGUUGGAACCUAUGACCGUGAGAAGUUCAAACUGGAUUCCUGGGGUACUUACCAUUUACAAAUAUGGGAAAAUCAGAAUUCUGGUUGGAAAACCAAAUGUUUCGCACUAUUCCAUUUAGGAGGUUUUAGAAAAUAUGGGCUGUGAUUUGUGGCGAUGCAAUUUUUCUACUCUUUUGAGUCUGUUCAGAUGAUUUUCACAUACUUCGCAGGGGUUGUUCUCCCACCACAUAGUUUUAUGUUUGUUCACAAGAUUGGUUGGUGUAAAUGUUAAGCCUCCUGCUCUUCAUGAAAACUGUUCUUACUGGUUCCAUGUAUUGUUCAAAAGGUGGACAGUGCUAUAUACUGGAUAAAUCUCCACCUGGCCCAGUGGAUAAAGUAAUUGGUUUCUCUAAUACUUUAGCAGGCAUGUUGGCAUCAUUUGAGACUGAACCAGGCUUCAAGGGAGACCAAACCACGCAGCUAUACUCACUUGGGGCUAUACCUGAGAGCAACAAAGUGAUUUCAACCCUCCUGAUUUAUUUCAUAGUUUCCUUAUGAUCUUCAUUACUUUGCACUUUUUCACCUUCUGUGUCAUGCCAGCGUAAAGGUUGAGUUUAUCCUUUGAAAAUCACAUGGAAAUAUAAAGUUAUUCUUUCAGGCUGAGUGUACUUAUGGCACAUAGCAAUACACUGAUUGACUGUGCACACGCAUGACUUUGAAUAAAUGUCUCGCUUGGCAACUGUCAGUCUUCAAAUUAUUGAUUAUUUCGCUUGCUAUCAGUUCAUUCAUUGUGUUUAAUAAUUGCCUCAUCAUGCAAUCAAUUUUACAGAUGGCCAACAGGUUAAGGAACUCAGAGAGACUUUAAAAACGGCAACGGAAUAUUUACAAAAUUGUGAGUUUAGAAUCAAACCCCUCCUUGUAAUUUACUGUUCCUGUUUUUUUUUCCAUUUAUACAACUUGUGUGACGUCGUGGUCUCUGUUUCAGUCUACUUUUUUAUUUGAUUGGCGUCGAGUCAACCACAAAAAUUAUUAUAGCUAACAUCUUCAAAUUUGAGUCAACACUAUAAAAUAUUAGCCGAGGGGAUUUGAACCAAUCGUAAACGAGGAACAGUUUUUUUAUUUGCGUAAUAAUAGUUAUUAUUAUAUAGACACGAGUGUUUUACUGGAAAAUAUACCACUCGUAAAAUUAAUUAAAACUACAUCCGGGACCCGAGUGGUUUAUUUUCCAUAAUCUCACACGUGAGUUUAUCGAUGACUUAAUUUCGGUCAUUUCCCUCUAUUAUUUUAUCGAUGUAUUUUUGUCUAUAUAAUAAAAAGGACAUUACAUGGCGGCUUUAAAGAUUGGCCUGAGAACCUGCAAACGUACUUAAAAGUUAUGUUUUUGACAGUUAAAAUUAAAUGUUUCAUGCGCUUAUAUAAACUGAUACAAAUACUUGAAGACAUAACUUGUUUACAAUAAUUUUAUUCAUUAUCUGUUUUUCUUUUUCAAACUUCACCAGCCGCUGUAAGCGUAUGCUUGUAUGAAACCGGCGUUAUCAGUAGAAACCUGUCGACCUGGCUCAUGUUCGAACUUUCUUCUUUCGUAGAUUUCGGCAAAGAUGGUGAUCCUACAAAUCUUUUGGACAGAUACUGGGCACGAAUUGAGGUAAAUAAAUUGACAGUAUUUUUGUUUGCUUAUUUUCUGAGGUUGGGGAUUGAUAAAGUAUCAUAUCUCUUAGACCCCUUACGAGUUAGUGUUAGUGUAUUGGAUAUUGGACUUAGCGUUAGUACCGAAUACUCUCCUUAAAAGUAGGAUUGGAGUCAUCAUUGUAACUGCCCAUUCCUUGAAUCUGUCAGUUCAUUGGUUUCUCAGUUUAUUAGUGAGUCAGGCGACGGUUUAAAAACAAGGAUUGACCUAGUCAGUUAAUGCUUGGCCUUUUGUGUAAGAGGCUCCGAGUUCGAUUUCCAGGUGUGAUUUCAAGUCCUCGUUUCGACUGCUUUCCUUUCAGUGUAACUUUAGGUAGCAAGGAUGGAGAGUAGGGGGUGGGCCGUCGGGCCCAGGUUUGUCUGUCAAAUGAUGACUGUUACAAGAUACCGACGAAAAAAACUGACCACGAGAUAUGAUAACUUUUCUUAAGGACCACUUUAUUAUCCUUACUUAACAGCAUCGGGGUAACAAAUGGGUUUCUGUUUUGCGUUCUCAAAAAUUACGAUGAAAAUCAUAACUAUAACAAAAUUCUCAAAUCUGAUUGGUUAUCAACUGUCCUAAUUUCAGCACUUACAGGACAGUGCAAUUGGACAGUAAGCGUCAUGGCUUGGUAAUUGGACAGUACGCGCCAUCAAGAAUUUCUUGUGUUUUAAUUGUUUAAAAAGCCUGAAAUAUCCAAACUUUUGUUAUAAUUGUGAUUAAUUGGUAACAGAACUUCGUGUCGUCCAAUUUGGUCUGUAAUCAUACUCGUGAUUAAAUAAAUCGGACUCCUGUUACGCCGUCGGAUUUUGUUAAUCAGUCGUAUGAUUACAUUACGAACUGUAUCUCUUCGUUAUCUUUAUCUUAGGUCCAUUAUUCUAAGGUUGUCUCUGGCUGUUUCCUUUGUUUUCUUCGUUUUCAAUGAUAGGCGUUUCACAUCAAAAACAUUACAGAAUGUCAGAGAAUCUGGGACAACGUAAUCUUGCCAAACCAUGGGCGAGAGGCAGAAAUCUGGCUCGAGUACGCCAAUGUGUUAAGGUCAGUUAAAAGUGAUCUCGUAAUCUUUCGAAUUUUUUGCACAAGAGAGGGGAGAAGUCGUUGCGUCACGUUGCCGUUGGAAAUACUUUACGCUACUUAUACUUUGGGUGCUUGUCUUCUGUUGUGAGAAUUUUCACAAAAUUCUGUGAGAAGAAUUUCGAGAUAACUUUGAAUUUCUACAAAAAGGUAUAAAUAAUCCAUGAUCUGAAGACUGGACUUAAUCAAGACAAAUUUGCUACUUUUGGAUGCUUCCGAAAAGUUUUUAUCACUCAUUCGUUUUGCAAAUAAACUUUAUACACUCUACAACCGGCUAAACGCAAAUAGACAUGCGCGAUUUCGAAAGAACAUGAAAACAUGUGAAUCAGUAAAACGCAAUGCUAAGCUCUUUUUGUAAUUUCUAAGGCUACUUUCACGAAAACAGCGAUUGAACCAAAAUUUGUACGUAGAUUUUCUUUAAAAAAUUUCAGUGCUUCAAUUAAUUAGUGUACUACAAAAUUCCCGAAUUUCGUGUCCAUUGAAAACUUUUUAAGUUGUCUAACGUAGGCGCAAAAUGGAGUAAAUAUUGAAGCAAUUUCAUAGGUCUGGCUUAGUUUUUGCGAUCAUUUAUUCAUAAAAUCACAGAGUGCUGUCUUCCAUUCUUUCUGCGAACUUGGACACAAAAUCACGAUUUCCCAAUUAAGUACAACUGUGGCGCAUUGCCGUUAAGCGCGAUCUACCAAAAAAAAAAAAACCCCUCCUAUACUUCCAUCAUUUCUCAAUGAUUCUGUAAAAUUUUAUCCAAAUCGCCUCUAAAACAUCCGAGAUAUGAGCGUUUUAAAAGAUGCAGCAGGAGAAAAACUUUUGCUCAUAGACAGGUGUCUAUCUCUAAACUAAAGAAAGAGGAAAUAUAACUCAGUAUAAGCAACUUAUGGUUACGCUGUUUGGAAAUAAACCUCUUGUUUUGUCGCGCUCUCUCAAGGCCCCUAUGUCUUUACAGAUCUCCGUAGUUUUGCAGCAGUAGUGUAGGGCGCGCCGAAUUGACUCUUUUUUUGCGUAGGAAUCCCUUUAACUUGCGGAGGAUACAUUAUCGCCAAUGACUUUGAAGCCUUUUGUCUUUAUCUCAUGAAUAAAAUGCGAAGGAAAAAAUCUAUCUCACGCAGUCUUUGGUUAAAAGUAUUAAAAUUGUUACAGGUGAUGUUUUUGGAUUUGGUUGUAGUUUGUCCCGUGCGUGUUCUAAAUAAACAGUGCCUCAUUUCCAAAGGCAUAGCACCAUCCGAGAUUAUGACAGGCGGUUAUGGAAGCGAAUAUUAAUACCAAAGUAUUGUUAUGCACGUUGCAUUGAAUGUACUCCUAUAUCUUUGGACAUCUUGUUCCAACCAGGUCCGUUCGUGACAUUAAGAAGUGUCGCAAAAUUCUUCAACGAGCUGUGCAAUCAGCAAGUGAUAACCCUGAAAUGGUGAUCCAGGCCCUGCUCAGUUUUGAAAGAGAGGAAGGUGAGUGAAGCCGUGCACUGUAGUGAAACCUGAAUAAACUUAAGUUGCAUCUGUUUCUAGACUUUGCUAGCACUCUUAUUUUACCGAAAACUUGUCCCGCACUAAGCUUAGAUCAGGCUCUACUUUCAUUUUACUGGGUAAAUAGAUUCCAGGCCGGCAAGGCGAAUCGAAAAGUCUCCCAUUUAGUACAGCAUUUGUGUACUUGAAUUACGUGUACUUGCGAAUCGACUGUAUAACAAUGAUUGUUGCAUCACUUGCAUGUGCAUUCACGUGAUUACUGUGACAUCAGACGGACCUUUAACUCAACACUAGGGCUUUCGAGUCCACAUACCAUGCAUAUUAGUCGGUACAACACGGACAUCCCAAGAAUGUGAACAGAAUCAAGAAAAAUCUCGCUAUACAGUUAAAAGUGUGUCGCUGACCAAGAAGAGGCGGCGGGCUCCUUUUGUCGCCCGCAACAAGCGUUUUCAUUUUCUUGUAUGUUUAUUCAAAAGCAAAAUAUUUCCUGCUCAUCGUUUUCUGAUCUACAAAACACCUGUCGGGUCAGUUAAGCGUGCUUCUCUUUCCACGGUUAUCUGUUAUUUUCAAAGACACUAUUGAAGUAGCUGUUUCUGUCUGAAAAACGUGGUUCUACCAAUGUUUGGGCUUAUUUCAGGAAUCGAAUUUUUGUUUAACUGAACCCUAAACUGUGCUUUGUUGGUCCUAGGAACCUUGGAAGACUGGGAUGCUGCUUUUUCAAAAUGUCGUGUGCAGCUUUUAAGGGUCAACGAACGACGGCAGAAGGUUUGAAAAGCUACAUAGAUUUGUCCUUUGGAAAUAAGGCAAAUAAAAAUGUAGCGAGUUUUUCUCUGCUCCACGUUAUUUCUUUUUGUUAAUAUCUCACGAUUGUCACAAUUAUUUUUUUCCAGACAUGUCACAAAAAUCAGGCAGUUAGACGUCGUUACAAUUAACCAAGUCUUUUAGCGGGUAUAUUAGGUGAUAUUAGUCAGCCGUAGGAACUUUGUGACUUGUUUUAAAAAACGCAAGUUUGGAACAUGUCAGGGACUACCUUCACAGAUUGCCAAAAAUAAAACAUAUGAACCGUUGACAUCAGCUCGUAACUAAGGGAAAACUUAUGGAGUUAGUAGCGGAUACUGUCAGACAUCACCAUUAGUUGUGGUUUUCCUGGUUACAAUUUUGACACCGUGACCUGUUUUAUAUCUGUUUAAUACUUAAAGGCUGCUGAAAAGCAGGUUGUUCGUGAAAAGGCUGAACAAGAAGCUCAAGAGAAGAGAAGGAUUGCAAAUGCCGAGAAAAAAGCCGCGAAGAAAGCGGAACAGAAGAAAGCUAAAUUGGAAUUGAAAAAAAGAAAGGUGACUGAGCUGGUUUAAUAUGAUAAUUGGGAACUAAGGCGAGCGUGUAACCCAGAUCGUACUUACUCAUUCAUUAGGCUGUUGACCAAGGUGUCACUGGAGAAAAGAAUCAGAAAUCAAAGCCGAGUGACGAAGAUUCUGGAGAACCUGCCGCUAAGAAACCUCACGGUAAGAUUACAAAGCUCGCUAUUUUUUAUUUAUUCAUUAUUUAUUAAAUUUUUAAAAACGCGAUUAUGACAACUGGUAAAAGUGAUAUUAUUUGAGAAAGCUGUUAAAAAAUCCACACAUUCUUUGCAGUGAAAAGCAUUUUUGGUCGAUUUUGUUUGUUAUCUCCUCUUGAAUUUUUCGUUUUGUAAUGGUUGGAGAGGGUUGCUAUGUCCGUGGCGCCCCAACGGUCACCAUGACUACGGGAUAGGUGCCAGGUGCACUAAAACACUCAAAUAAACUGACGUUAAAGAUGUUUGCUCCUUCGUCUGUCAGAAGUAUCCCAUUGAGAAUAUCUAGUGCUGACUCUCUUUAGUUCACUGACCUUGACCUCUGGCGCUGUUUCUGCAUGAGUGGAUAACGCGCGAACUCUUUUAAUACUUGUAAUUUCUACCUUUUGUUUCCUGGUUUGUAACUGUUUUUUUUUCCUUUUAGUUGACAUGGAAAAGAUCGAUUCCUCUACGUCUCAGGAGACAACAGAUGAGCAGACAUCGACCACAACGAAACGCACGCAUGACAGGUUAGGAUGCACUUUAAACAGUCGAAAAAAAAAUGCACUUUACCAUUCCUUUGCGUUCUUUUUCCUUUUUAGUUUUGAUAGCUUCUUCCUUCUGGUUGCAACCAAGGGAUGGGGGUUGACUGAAUCUACUGUUUCUUUCCCAUUGCACUCUUCCUUUAAUGGUUAUUCUUCUUUCCAUACCUUUAUGAGCUGGCCAUCAGUCUCUAAUCGAACAGUAUUAGUGAGAGCGACUAAGAAGAGAAAUGUGGAGAUCUCUUUAGGUAAAGCCACCUACCAAACUUACCUGCUCAGGUAGCAGCAGAUCAGAAGUCCUGAACCAUUUAACUACAGUUUUCUUCUUUUUUCUUGCUUCAACUAACUUUUGCAACCUUUUUUAAAUGUAUUUAUUAACUGUACUUUUAAGGUCAUAUAUACUCACAUGUGCUUUAUAAAGUUUUGCAAUUUGUUAUUUUUUUUCUUUUUGCAGCACAAAAGAUCCCAAUACUGUAUUUGUCAGUAACCUACUGUUUUCAGUUGAUGAAGAGCGUCUAAAGGAUGUUUUCUCACCGGUAAAGAUCACUCAGUAAAAUGCUUUUCUUAAAAACUUCCCCAUUUAUUAUGUCCUCCUGUUUAAAGAACAACGUUUUAUUAACUACUGAAUAAUAUUGUAAUUAGGUUUUAAGGGUGUUUAACUCUUUUAUCAAUUUAGCUUUAUCUAUUAAAAGUUUAUAGGACAGAUUAUAUAAUUUUUUAGUUUGUAUUAUGUAAAUAAUAUGAAUUGUAAAUACGCAAUUCAGCCUUUGGGCUUCAAAAGUGUUUAAUAAACUAUCUAUCUAUCUAUCUAUCUAUGUAUCUCUCUACCUCUAUGUAUCUUUCUCUUGAUAAUUUUCAAUCGGAAGCAAAUGAAUUGGCAAAGUAAAUUGGCCAUUGCACUGACCUUUCGAGCGAUAGUUCUUCGUCAGAGCGCGGCAUACAAGUCAAACUAUCGUGGGUUGUGUGUGGUUUAUAAACCGAAGAUUGCAGCUAUGGUAUUGGUUGAAACAUGCUAACGUGUUAGAAAAGAACAAAUUAGUUGAAUGAAAAGUGUUUGUUGAUCCCCGUGUGAUGAGUGAGAUGGCUUAAGUUAGUUCCGCCCGCUCUUCUUUAGCCUGGAAUUGAACACUUCAUUAGACAUGGUUGUUAGUACGGGAACAGACAGUAUUCGUGUUUUACAUUUUUUAACUUUAACUAGAUUGUAGUCCUGGCCAAGGAAGUAAACAUGGAAAUAUUUUUAUGAUAAGUCUAGAGCAAGAGCUUUAUCCUCUCUUGGCCUAGAGUGCAUGGUAGUUCUUAUUCUUAACACUCAGUGCCAGGAAUUCAAAGGUGUUCUAUAGUCACGUUUACUCUAAUUCUUCUACAAUGAUUAUCAAAUGGCUACUAAUGACAUAAAUCGCCUUCCUUAAUUAUUUACAGCUAGGUGAAGUAGUUGAAGUUCGACUAGUAAGGAAUCAGAGUGGAAAAUCUAAAGGAUAUGCUUAUGUCGAGUUCAAAAAUCAGGUAACAGGGCAUUGGUGUUAAAAGGCCUUUUCCCUUCUUAACCUUUUUUUGUCUGAGGACGUAUUCGUUUGCAAAAAGUUGUAGCGUAAUGAAAUUGUAUCUUUUACUGCUUCCUCAAUCCACUGUUUUUUUUUUAAUUGAAGUCAUCAGUGGAAGCUGGUUUAUCCAUGGACCGAACCAAGUUGGAGGGAAGACCCAUGUUUAUCUCUCCUUCAGUGGACAAGUCCACAAACCCUACUCAGUUCAAGGUAGAAUAUUACUGACACCUGUUAAUUGUAACAGAUAUAUGUUAUUUAUUUAUUUUCUUUUGACUUUCAUCGUGUUUAAAUAAAGGUUUUGAUUGAUUGAUUUAUUGAUUGAUUCAAAUGUGGCCACUGUAUUUUUUCUUCGUAGUUUCCCACAUCACUGAACAAGAAAACACUGUUUGUCUCUAAUCUGCCGUUCGACGCUAAAGAGUCAGAUCUAGAGGAAUUGUUUAAAGGGGUGAGAUUUUUGCAUACUGUAGUGAUUUAUGAUUAGUAGACUAUCGGUACACCAAACAUAAUGUACAGGCAAGUCUGCUUGAGGGAACUAAACUGAUGCUGAAUAUUUAAUAUUCAACAUUGAACUAUAUCACGUCUUCUCUGCAUCAGUUGGCAUUGAGCGGUUUGAAGAAUUUCUGCCUCAUAGCAAACACCACUAGUAUAUCCUCGUCAAUGAUGGCCCUUAUGCAUGUGUACGUGAGACGAGCAAAUUUAACCACAAAGUAACGUUUGCGAAAAGGAUAUGUUGCAUUUGACCUCUUUCUGUACGAAUAUACCGGUAAGAAGAAUAUACGUUAUGAACCUGCUAUUGUUGUGUUAUAAAUAACAACGUCGUUGAUUUAUCGCACAGAGGUGAAUUUUCCUAAAAAUACGGCGAAGGAACAAAGGGGGAAUUUGAUUUCUUUGUGGCUCUGUGCAGACGUGCGUAGAAUCAACUUUUCGCGGGAAAUUGUUAGUUCUAAAAUAAAAAUACGGGAAAGGUUGACUCAAAGUUAUAGCACAAGUGGAGACUCCGGAUAAUCGGCUCCUGACAAUAAACAGUAAGUUUCCACAAUGACAAUAGAUUGCUGUUUACGUUUUUAACCGCAGCAGGAUUAUUUUAGUCGGUAGAAUGCUUGACUGUGAAGCGGGAGGUCGCGGGUUCGAUUCCCGGGACCGGACCGGUACUCAGGGUCUUAAAAUAACUGAGAAAUGAAGGUACUCUCUUUGCACUGCAAGCGGCUGGACCUUCCGGUGGCUCGGAUGACCACGUAAAAUGGCUGGGUCCCGUAAAUACAUUAACACUCAAAUAAAGUGCAUUUUUUGUGAUUACAGCAUGGUAAAAUUAACGAAAUACGACUGGUAACCAACAGAGCUGGAAAACCCAAAGGAUUCGGAUACGUAGAGUAUGAGCAAGAGGUAAGUGAGACCGCUGGCUCCUUGUCAUCCACCUGUGUUUUCGCCUCAGUGUGUUCGUCCUUCCGAGCCUCAGGUGUUAUAUGGGGUGAAGUCCUUUAAAUUGUGCAAAUUGCUUUAUCGUGCUAGAUCUGUGUGUGGAAAUAUCGCAUACGAACGGAGUUGUCUUUUGCCUCUGAUUCGGAGAAACUAAAGACUACUACGUAAACUUCAUGAGAUAAGAGCGAUAGCUUAAAACUAUCAAACGUAACAAUCUUGUAUGUAAUUUACGGGAGGCUUUGUUGACACUUCCAUCCUUUCAAAGGACUUACCUCGUUUGCACAUUUGUUUGAGAUGCUAUUAUACUAGAUACACGUUGAAUUGCCUGAGUAAUCUAAUUUAAGCCAGUCCCGUAAAGAACUUGGAUGGAAAAAGUUGUCAAAAGAGGUUUACUCUCUGAAGAUUACAGCAUGUAGAAGAUUAAGGUUAAUUCGUCCUGUUACUAAUGUAAGUUUAUUAGGCUCGAAGUGCGGAGAUUUUUUUGUUGGUCCGAAAUACCUCGUGUUUUAAUCAGACAGGGGCGUCAUCCGCCAUAUUAGCGUUGGAUGGAAGUCACGUGGGAGGCAGGCAGAUUUCGGUUGCAUUGUCAAAUCCACCAGCUAGAAAACCCAGACAGCCCGGAACCGAACAGCAACAGCCUGGGAAAGAGCAGCCAGGAAGGUAAGAACGCUUCACUUUAUAUGAAUAACUCCAUAAGCCUUUAAGAGACCUCAAGCGUAUGUAGCUAGUCCUGUAAUUCUGGGAGGGUGGGGAGGGUAGAGUGCUUACUGCAGCAGCUAAUGAAACAACAAGUUCAUAACUGAUCAUACCCAUUUUGUUUUUCAGUCGUGGCCGUUCACGAACCCAGUUGCAGCUCAUUCCCAGGUCUCUUCAGAAAGCCACAUCGUCGGUACCAGGUCCCUCAGCAAAGAGCUCCACUGCAGCAAGUGAGGAAAAGACCGAGGCCAAUGGUGCCAGCCAGUCGUCGGAGCCGGCUAAAAAGGGUUUUACCAAUGAGUAUUUCAGAAACCUCAUGCUUAAAAAGAACUGAAAACCAAUCUCGAAUUAUCUGUUAUUUAUACAAGAACCCAUAUGAGUCCGACUACAGCAGCGAAACUCAGAAACUGCUACAUGACAUGAGGCAAGCAAAUCCUGCAUUUUCUUAGGACUGACUACAUCGCGUUAAAAGAGAACUUCUACGAGCUUAAAUAUCUGACAGAAAGAACGCGGUACAAAUUUUGAUAAAUGCCAGUCUUAGAAAUGAAUAGAAACUGUCCCUUGACCGUCCUCUUUGUGUUUUCCUCUAACUGUAGAGUUGUGUAGGUUUUUAAGUGUAAAGGAAAGAAACUAAGAUGGUAAAACGUCGGAAAGUCCUAAGAUCCUAUGUAUCGAAGGGACACUGACCCCGUCAUGUUUUUUAUAAACCUUGUGGUAAAAUGAUUUUAGUAAGAGCUAAAUUGAAGAAAAUAUAUCGUUUUUACUGAUAUAAAUGCACAAAAAUGAAAGUGUAGUGAAGUAGGAAUAAAUGAAAAGGCAAGGAAUCUGCUUUACACCUUUGACGGCCU